AGUCAAUCAACAAAAACUGCUACCGAUUCAUAAUGAUUUCUCACAAGAAACCAACACUUUUUUGUAUUAUACUGCUUUUAAGCACUUUUGUAGUGGAUGGACGAAGACUUGAACAACGCAGUUAUCAGCAGCGUCAUACUCUGAGAUACCACAGACCUUUAUUGCGACAAGUGGAGACCGGUACGGUUACUGGCAUAGCGGACGAAGACGAUAGUGGCACCGGGACAGGCACUGGUACCGGUAUGGAUACCGCCACUGGCACAGCAGCGGAGGCUGAAGAAGAGCCGCAUCCAGAGAUGGAUACAAAAGCAAGUGAAGCAUUGAUUGUACUUAAACCCGCACAGACGGGUGAUAGCUCGCGCAUGUUUAAAGGCUUCCUUCUGAAGGCGCUACUAGGCGGUGCCGGUGGUGGCAAUAAUGGUGGUAGUGGCUAUUCCAACAUUCCCUACAUCAUAGUCAAUGUGCCCAACAACAUUACAAAUAUCAAUCAGAAUAGUUUGAAUAACACCGCAGCGGCGGAGCCCACAACCACCACAACUACACCCGCACCACCAGGCGGUCGCCGACAAGUGUUCUAUCAAGCCGUACCCUUCCCGGAGCCUACGCAAGUUUAUGAGCAGCGACGCAGUAAACCGGAAAAUCAAGCGCAUCCACAAAAUUUCAUACUCAGUCCAAGUAAUCAGUUGGUGCCCGUCUAUCUGCCACCUGAAGUGCAAGCUUUGAUGCAGAGCAGUGUCGUUCCGUACAGUGAUGAGCAGCCAAAUCGUGGACAGUUGAAGAAGAAGAAGAAUCACAAACUUCAAACCAAUGUGAAUCCAUUUUCCGCUUUCGCCAAUAAUCUUAGACGUAUACAAUUUCUGUAA